GAAGCCGUGGCGCUGUAAGGGGUAGUGCUUCCAGGUGGGAGCGAGGUGACCUCGGCUGCCAAAGCGAUAAGGCGGAGUAGCCAUGGGGGCGCACCUGGCCCGGCGCUAUGUUGGGGAUGCCUCGGUGGAGCCUGACCCCCUGAAGAUGCCUAGCUUCCCCCCGGAGUACGGCUUCCCGAGGCGCAAAGAGCGCGUGAUGGUGGCCACGCAACAGGAGAUGAAUGAUGCCCGGCUGACACUGGAGCAACGUGACUACUGUGCCCACUACCUCAUCCGGCUGCUCAAGUGCAAGCGGGACAGCUUCCCCAACUUCCUGGCCUGCAAACACGAGCAGCAUGACUGGGACUACUGCGAGCACCUAGACUAUGUGAAGCGUAUGAAGGAGUUUGAACGUGAGCGGCGACUGCUCCAGCGGAAGAAGCGGAGGGAUGAGAAGGCGGCACGGGUAGCCCGGGGCCAUGGAGAUGGAGAGGUGGGCCCUGAGGUGGCCCUGUAGGGAUUAACCACCAGCCUGUGGACCUACCAGUGAAAUAAAAGCCUUGGGUCACCUGCCUAA